AUGCAUUCAAAAUCAAGAGCUUCAUCUCAUUCACACCACGACAGCAUUACUCCAGGCUCUAUGAAGUCAAUACCGGAUAGUAAAAUCAAAUCGUUUGAAUCUGGUAUACAAGCUAAAACAACAUUGACAAAAAAAGAACAAGAAGAUUUACGUCGAAAAAUGGAAGAGAGAGAAAGACAAGAGGUUUUCAAAGAUUUUGUUGCCUCGUUUGAACCGGCAAAUAAAUUAGCAAAAACAUUUAUCAAAGGUGGAACAUUCAAUCCCGGUUCUCAUGAAGAAUCACCACAAGAUAAAGGAAAAGCGUAUCGUCCAACAACACAUUCAUCGAGAUUUAGUGAUAGCAAUACCCAUCGAAUAUCAUCACAUACGACAAUUAAAAAAGAGCCAACAACACCGAUAACAGCACAUAAUCUAAAAACCGCAGAAACAAGCCACCAGCAAGCGAUCAAAAGUACAAAUUCAAAUGAUAAUAAGCCUAAAGCUAAAAAUGAAAGAGAAAAAAGAAAAUCAAAUUUAGAAUCAUUUAAAGAAGAACUAAAAAGAAUACAAGAAGAACGUGAUCGUCGUCAUGUACAAAAACAACGAGAAAAAGAUGGGAAACGGACACGAUUUGAACCACCACCAAUUGAACCGAUGAUUGCCUCAGAAUUAGCUCUUGAUUCUGAGUCAUUACAUCCAGAAAAUCGCUAUGCGUCAGACGAUCCAGGAACGACGAAUAUAUUCUUAAGCAAUUUGAAUCGAUCGUUAAAUGAAUUGAAUAUCAUGGAAGUAUUUGGAAAAUUUGGUCCAUUAGCAAGUGUAAAAAUUAUGUAUCCACGAACAGAUGAGGAAAAAUCACGAGGCUCUAAUUGUGGCUUUGUUGCAUAUAUGAGUCGAAAAGACGCCGAGCGUGCUAUCAAUGAAUUAGAUGGUUAUGAAUUGGACAAUCUUCGUGUUCGUUUAAGUUGGGGUCGUGCUGUGCAUAUUCCACCACAGCCAGUGUAUAUUCCACCGUCAAUGCGUGAAUUAAUCCAACCGCCACCACCAUCAGGCUUGCCUUUCAACGCCCAACCAAAUACGAAAUAUUUAUCAUCAAAAUACAUUGAUAUACAAAAAUAUGUGAAUGGAGGAAUCAUACCAGAACAUGACAAAAAUUUUGAAAAAGUGUUGGAACACGCAAUGGUUAAAGUUGUUGUUCCACAAGACAAAUUAUUGCUCUGUCUAAUACAUCGAAUGAUUGAAUUCGUUGUACGUGAGGGUCCAUUAUUUGAAGCAUAUAUCAUGAAUAAAGAAAUGAAUAAUGCACAAUAUAGGUUUCUCUUCGAAAAUCAAAGUCCAGCCCAUCUUUAUUAUCGAUGGAAAUUAUUUUCUGUAGUUCAAGGUGACAGUGUAUCCGGUUGGCGUACCGAACCAUUUAAAAUGUUUAUCAAUGGAAGUACAUGGAUACCACCACCUUUAAAUCAAUAUACUGAAGGAAUGCCUGAUGAAGCAUUUGAAAAAGCCAAACAAGAAUAUGAUGGCGGUAAUAAUGGAAUUAAAAGAGGACGCUUGAGUGAUAGUCAACGCGAUCGUUUGGAACAUUUAUUACGUUCAUUAACUCCGGAAAGAUCAAAAAUUGGUGAUGCCAUGGUAUAUUGUAUCGAUCAUGCUGAAGCUGCCGAAGAAAUAGUUGAUUGUAUUGCUGAAUCAUUAUCUAUAAUUUCUCGAUUGUAUCUUAUAUCCGAUAUAUUGCACAACUGUAGUGUUCGAGUGACAAAUGCAACGUAUUUUCGUCGCGGUUUUGAAGCACGACUGCCAGAUAUUUUCAAAGAUAUUCAUACUACAUGGAAAAAAAUCGAUGGUAAACUAAAAGCUGAACACUUCAAACUAAAAGUAAUGAAUAGUUUUCGGGCAUGGGAAGGUUGGGCCAUUUAUUCAAGUGACUUUUUAAUCAAAUUACAAAAUAUAUUUCUUGGACUAGUCAAACAAAAACCAACUAAUAAUUCAGACAAUAGUUCUGAUGCGGGAGAUGUUGCUGGUCAUGGAGAUAGCGAUGAAGAAAUCGAUGGCAAACCGGUUGUUGUUGAUUUGGAUUGCAAACAGUUAGCCUUAGUGGCUGAUUAUGAUGAUGAAGAAAUCGACGGAAAACCAAUGAUGAUGUCACAAGAUGAAGAUAUCGAUGGCAAACCAUUGGACAAUAACGCUACACAACACGGUAAUGUACGUUCACGAUUUUCUGAAGAAAUUAAUGACACAUCUGAAUCAACAACAGCUAAACCUCGUUUUGUUCAAACACAAUGGGAACCGGUUGAUCCAUCAAAACUUGUCGCACAAGCUGUAACAACAUCAAAAUGGGAUUUGUUUGAUGAAGAAAAAUCAAAUGAUGAUAUAUCGCGCGCACGAACGAAAAUAAAAGAAAGUCUUUAUGAAGAUAUAGGCGAAGAAGAAGAAUUUUCAAAAAAGCAACCAACAUCUAUGAUGCCAAUGAGCACAAAUACAUCUAUGCAUUCUGAUAAACAAAACACUAUUAAUCAACAUACAAAUCGAACCAAUGAGUGA